UACCAUGGAUUUAAAAAUGCAGAUGCCAAAUUUCGUAUUCGAUAUAAUGUGAAGUGUUUAAAAAUCGUAGGUAGUGUUUUUUGUUACCAAGAGGUCGAAACAUCCGUUAUGAAAACCAAGGCCUGCUCAAGAUUCUUCAUUACAACGUUUUGGAUAUUGGUUUUGUUGGAACAUUGUACAGUUUUCCUAAGAGGAGAGGCGUCGCAUCCGGUAAAACGAUUUACUGGUUUAUACACCGGUCCAUAUUUUGAUCCAACAACGACAGCAAACAUUACCACACAGCUGGGAACGCACGCUUACCUGCCGUGCCGUGUCAAACAGCUUGGUAAUAAGUCUGUGUCGUGGAUCAGAAGAAGAGAUGCCCAUAUUUUAACCGUGGAUCGGUACACCUUCAUCGCCGAUGAGAGGUUUCAGGCGUUUCUGGUGGAGGCCACGGAUACGUGGACGUUGCAGGUUAAAUACGUUCAAGCCCGAGAUGCUGGUCAAUAUGAGUGUCAAGUCAGCACGGAACCAAAGAUGAGUCACUUUAUCGUUCUUAAUGUCGUGGUUCCAAAAAUCGAGAUACUGGGGGAGUCCGACAUAUUCGUUAAAUCGGACAGCAAGGUGACGCUAAAAUGCGUCAUAACCCAGUCGUUAGAGGAACCGGCUUACAUAUUUUGGUACCACGAUGGCGAAAGGGUGCUAAAUUACGAUAGAAACGCCAUCGAUAUCCGAAUGGAGAGGAUAGGUUCGGACACGACAGUAAGCACCCUCACCAUCUAUCACAGUGUACCCCAAGAUUCGGGAAAUUACACAUGUAGUUCGUCCAAUUUGGAAUCGUCAAGUGUUUUGCUACAUGUUUUGAAUGGGGAGCACCCAGCGGCUAUUCAGAGGGGCAAAAAUUCGGCGUCCCAUAUUACGUGUUGGUCCCAAUUACAUAUGGGUUUAUUUGGAUUUGCAGCCUGUACCACUCUUAGACUGGCCCUCGCCAUUGCUCCAGUCACAACCACAAGCCAGUUAUUAAGUGUAUAAGCUACUUGCCUCUGACUUAUUUGUGGUUGUGCUUUAGAAUGAAAUGCGCUUUUGUUUACAUUCACUUAAUGUUUAAUUUUCACUGUGUUAUUUACGAAAGAAAAACUUUGCUCAUUUUUGAGAAACAUUAGAUAAAUGGAAUAUUGUUAUUAUUUUCAAAAUUUAUGAGAGUAUUUGUUAAAUGUACCAAAUGGUGAUUUUUGUUGUAUCCCUAUUUAAACAACUAUGUCUCGAUAAGUUGUUAUAUAUGUUGUUGAACUUGCUGCUUUGUCAUUAGGAAAAACUAUAUAAGAUCAUUUGUAAGUAAGUUAUCAGAGACAUAACGAUAUACAGCAAAACUGUUUUUGACCUGUUAACAUCAACAUCAACUCUGUAGAAUAAUGUUUCUCUAUAAUACCAUAAUAUAAUAAAUAUUGCCAAUAUAUUAUAUUAAAAGUUAAAACUAAAUAUAAACAUGAAAAUUUUGGGUGCAAUUUUAUAGAUCGGCAAUCGCGGGGCGACGAGAAAAAGAAAUUUCUUUUUAUAUUCGAUCGACGUUUCUUUUAGUCGGCCAUAUUUUAUGAGCUUCUCUGUUUA